UCUGCAGCGCCCGCGCGGCGCCUCGCUGCCCAGGCUGCAGCCCCCGGCGGCCGCCGCCGCGCCAUGCCGGAGCAGAUGAGCGUGGCCGAGUUCCUGGCCGCGACCGGCGAGGACCUGAGCUCCCCGGCCGCCGCCGCCGCCUUCGCCUCCAAGAUGCCGAAGUGCCGGGGGGCGGUGGGGGCACUGGAGGAGAGCCUGGACGGGGACCAAGCCAUACUCCAGAGGAUAAGGAAAUAUGUGAAAGCCAUCCACGUCUCCGGGCUCACCCACGUGGAGAACGAGGAGCAGUACAGCGAAGCCCUGGAGACCUUCGGCAACAACCACCUCUCCCAGAACAACCACGAGCUCUCCACCGGCUUCCUCAACCUGGCCGUUUUCACCCGCGAGGUCACCGCGCUCUUCAAGAACCUGGUGCAGAACCUGAACAACAUCGUCUCCUUCCCCCUGGACAGCCUGCUGAAGGGGCAGCUGAAGGACGGGCGCCUGGACUCCAAGAAGCAGAUCGAGAAGGCCUGGAAGGAUUACGAGACCAAAGUAGGGAAGAUGGAGAAGGAGAAGGAGCGAGCGCGCCUGGCGGGGCUCCCCCCGGCCGAGCCGGCCGCGGCCGAGGGGGCCGAGGACGUGCAGAAGGAGCGGCGGCUCUUCCAGCUCCACAUGUGCGAGUACCUGCUGAAAGCCAGCGAGAGUCAGAUGAAGCAAGGACCAGAUUUCCUGCAGAGCCUCAUCAAGUUUUUCCACGCUCAGCACAAUUUCUUCCAAGAUGGCUGGAAAGCUGCCCAGAACCUCUACCCCUUCAUUGAGAAGCUCGCUGUGUCCCUCCACACACUCCACCAAGCCCAGGAGGAGGAGGUGAAACAGCUCACGCAGACACGCGAUUCCCUCCGGAGCAUCCUGCAGCUGGAGAGCAAAGAGGAAAACCUGAGCAGGAAGAAUUCUGGCAGUGGCUACAGCAUCCACCAGCACCAAGGGAACAAGCAGUAUGGGACGGAGAAGUCGGGAUUUCUGUACAAGAAGAGUGAUGGCAUUCGGAAAGUGUGGCAGAAGAGGAAGUGUGGCGUGAAGUAUGGGUGUCUCACCAUCUCCCACAGCACGAUAAACCGUCCCCCCGUCAAGCUGAACCUCCUGACCUGCCAAGUGCGGCCCCACGCCGAGGAGAAGAAGUGCUUCGACCUGGUGACCCACAACAGGACGUAUCACUUCCAAGCGGAGGAUGAGCAGGAGUGCGUUGUCUGGGUCUCCGUGCUGCAGAACAGCAAGGACGAAGCGCUGAGCAACGCCUUCAGGGGCGAGCCCAACGGCGGCGCGGCCGCGGCCGGCGGCGCGGCGGACGGCGGCUUGCAGGAGCUCACCAAGCUGGUUAUUAGCGAGGUGAAGAACAUGCCGGGAAACAAGCAGUGUUGCGACUGCGGGGCCCCGGACCCCACGUGGCUCUCCACCAACCUGGGCAUCCUGACGUGCAUCGAGUGCUCCGGCAUCCACCGCGAGCUGGGCGUGCAUUACUCCCGCAUCCAGUCCCUCACCCUGGACGUCCUCAGCACCUCCGAACUGCUGCUGGCCGUCAGCAUCGGAAACGCCCGCUUCAACGAGAUCAUGGAGGCCACGCUGCCCGCGCAGGACAGCCCCAAACCGUCGGCCGGCAGCGACAUGAGCGCCCGGAAGGAGUACAUCGUGGCCAAGUACAUGGAGCGGCGGUACGUGCAGAAAGGCGGCCGGGACGACCCGCACCGCCUCUGGGAAGCCAUUCGCACCAGGGACCUCCUGGCCCUGCUCCAAGCCUUCGCAGAAGGACACGAUUUGGCCAAGCCCCUGGUUAGCCCCGAGGGCCAGGAGCAGGGCGAGCUGCCGCUGCACGUGGCCGUGCGGUAUGUGGACCGCUCUUCCCUUCCGCUGGUGGACUUCAUCAUCCAGAACGGGGGGACGCUGGACCGAGCGACCCAGGAUGGAAACACGGCUCUGCACUACGGCGCGCUCUACAACCAGCCCAACUGCCUCAAGCUGCUCCUGAAAGGCAAAGCCGCCUGCACGGCGGUGAACGCCGCGGGCGAGACGGCCUUGGACGUGGCGAGGAGGCUCAGACACGCCGAGUGCGAAGAGCUGCUGGAGCAGGCGCAGGCGGGGAAGCUCUCCCUGCAGGUGCACGUGGACUUCGACUGGGACCCCCCCCAGGAAUACACCUACGACAGCGAGGACGAGCUGGAGGAAAAGGUGAGCCCCCUGCAGCGCUCCUUCAAAGGCACGUCGCCCCUGGCCGCGAGCCCCCCGCCCGCCACCUGCCCCCAGACCCGCUGGAGCUGCGUGGGCAUGGACAUCACCAACAAGACCUACGAGACCAUCCUGGUGCCCUCGCGGCCCGCGCCCCGGCGCUCGCACAGCGAGGAGCUCCCCCCGCCGCUGCCCGUCAAAAACCCCGCGCGGGGCGGCCCCCGGCCCCGAGCCGCCCAGAGCCCCACGGAGCGCCCCGAGCUUCCCCGGCAAGCCUCGGAGCCGCAGUUCCCCGGCCCGGCGGAGGUGCCGGCGCCCCGCAGCCUCUCCUCCUCCAGCGCCCCGGGCACCCUGGACGGCGCCGCCAGCCACCCGGCCGCCACGUCCCGCAGCCCCGCGGAGACCCGGCGCGCGGCGUACUGGGAGACCCGCUCGGAGACGGAGAGCGGCGGCACGCGGAGGGCGUCGGAGCCCGGCCAGCCCCCCGGGCAGCCGCCGGAUGGGGUGCAGAUGACCCCCGUGAAGUUCAGCUCGGAGAGCACCCGCUCAUACCGGCGCAUCGGCGGCACGGCGGGCAAACCCGGCGCGGCCGUCGCCCUGCAGAGCCCCGGCUGCGCCGAGGACCCCGCUCUGAGCAAGGCGCCCCCGGUGCCCAUGCCCAGGCGCUUCGCUCCGGCCAAGGGGCGGCCGAAGCGGGUGAAGGCGGUGGCCGACUGCAAGGGUGACAGAGCCCGGGAGCUGACCUUCUCCAAGGGCGAGGUGAUCGUGGUGACGCGGGAGGAGGACGAGCAGAGCUGGGUCGGCUUCAUCGAGGGCGACGGUUCCCGCACCGGUGUCUUUCCAGCCAGCUUCGUCCACCUCUUGCAAGACUGAGCCACUCGAUGCCCAAUUUCCCCCCCCCCCUUCCCUGUCUCCAUCCGUUCGGCAUCCCCGGAGAGCUCGGCAGAGCCGGGCGCGAGGGACAGGCGCCCUCGUCCAUCCCCGUCCCGUCCUCCGCCCUGCCGGAGGCUGGAAGCCGGAGCCAGCCGCUCUCCGACUCCUCUCGGCCGUCAACCGCUUCCCCGCGACGUCGGGAUCCGGAGCAUCCCCCCAUCCCAGGCGGACGCUGCCCUCGGCCGGGGCUCGGACCCCCCCGACGUGGAGGGCUCCUCCGGCGAGCCCUGCGCUGGCACGGGGAAGGGACGCGCUCGCCGCGCCGGUGGCACCAGGAGCUUUCCGUGCUCGCCCGGCUGCUUCCCUGGCUCCGGGCUUCGCUCCGGGCAAAGCGCCCGUGGGGCCCGGCCCGAGGGUCUGUGCAGCGUUACGGCUGGCAGCCCGCGCCCGGGGUUGCCCCCGGCCCAAGCCAUCGCCCCCCCCCCAGUCCUGUAAUCGCUUCUUGCUCCCCAGCUUUCCCUGGGGGGAGUGCUAAGAAGGGGGGGGGGAUUAAUUUUAUUUGGGGGAUUCACUUAAAAAAAACCACCCCAAAACUCCUACUGCAGCGUUGCUCCGCAGUUGGGGGCUGCAUCGGGGCAGGGCCACGGGACCAGGCUUCGAACCGUCCGUCCCCCGUGCUCCCCCCCAACACACCCACCUCGCGCGGGGGCCAUGCUGCAUUGCUGCCCCCAGGCCGGCGCCGCUGCGGGCAGAGCCACUUUGGGGCUCCCUGGGGCCUUUUUUUGGGGGGACCAACAUUCCCCCGUGCGGGGGUCAGACACUUCACUCUCUCCUUUCUUUCUUUUUUUUUUUUU